AAUAGCAAAGCUGUGUCGGCGCAAUUGGAAGUCUAUGACUAUAAUGUUGUAGCUAACAUUUUGUGUCGGCUAAAUCAUCUACACCUUUGUAGACUUCCCAAGACUAAACUAUGCAGCGGUGUUCUGCCUAACAGCAGCAGCAAUUCGACGAAGAGAACACAGAUUGGGGAGGUGCUGCUUUGCAGCAAGAGAGGAAGACUUGUAGAGAUCCGUCUAUAGCGGAGGACCAAAAAAUGACUGGGUUGGUGUUGUGACAUGUACAGUAUUUGCCAUGGCGAGGGGUCUGCUUGUAUGGGCCUGGCUGAAAAAGCCCUUCUAUGUACAGGUGCGUUUCUCCUACCUGCGCAUGAAGUACCUCUUCUUUUCCUGGCUGGCAGUGUUUGUCGGCAGCUGGGUGGUGUACGUGCGGUACUCAUCUUACACGGAACUGUGCCAAGGACAGAAGUGCAAGGACACUAUUUGUGACAAAUAUAGGAAGGGGGUAAUCGAUGGCUCAGCCUGCAGUAGCCUCUGUGAUAAGGACACGCUUUACCUGGGGAAAUGCCUGUCUGCCAAGCCCAACAACCAGGUGUAUACCAGCAUCUGGGGGGAUCUAGAGGGAGUCGUUAAGUGCCAGGUGGAGGAGCUGGUGCACUAUGGCCUGGGAACAGAAAUGGAGCCCAGGAAAGAGGCUGUGCUCUUCAAUAAGCCCACAAAGGGAACCUCCAUGGAGAAGUUCAAAGAGAUGGUCCUCAGUCACCUGAAGGCAAAGGUGGGCGAGCAGGCAAAUCUGCUGGACCUGGUGACUCUGGUGCUGUCAAUGGCCGACAGCAACAAGGAUGGACACAUAUCGCUGCCCGAGGCCAAGUCUACCUGGGCCCUGAUGCAGCUCAAUGAGUUCCUCCUGAUGGUUGUGCUGCAGGACAAGGAGCACACGCCCAAGCUGCUUGGCUUCUGUGGGGACCUGUACGUGACAGAGAAGGUGCAGUACACCUCCCUGUAUGGGAUCACCGUCCCGUGGCUGAUGGAGCUCUGGAUCCCCUCUGGAGUACGCCGCAGCAUGGACCAGUGGUUCACCCCCUCGUGGCCUCGCAAGGCCAAGAUCUCCAUUGGCUUGCUGGAGUUCGUGGAGGACAUCUUCCACAGCACUUUUGGCAACUUCCUCAUGUGUGACAUGAGCGCCCGCUCCUUCGGCUACAAUGACAAGCACGACCUGAAGAUGGUGGACAUGCGCAAGAUUGUGCCGGAGGCCACCUUCAGGGAGACUAUGCGCGACCGCCACUGUGAGACUGACAAAGACUGCGUCUACGGCACUGACUGUUUGACGUCCUGUGAUGUCACCAAGAGACGCUGCACACCGGAGGCCAUCCGGCCAAACCUCGCCAAGGCCUGCCAUGCACUGAAGGACUACCUCCUGAGGGGGGCACCUUCAGAUAUCCGCGAGGAGCUGGAGAAGCAGCUGUACUCCUGCCUUGCCCUCAAGGGCUCCACCGAACAGAUGGAGAUGGAACACUCCCUCAUUCUGAACAACCUGAAAACCCUGCUGUGGAAAAAGAUCUCACACACAAAGGACUCUUAAUGAAGAUGACUGCAAUGGCAGUUUGUUUACCCCGACCCAGCUUCACCCCUUCCCUUUUAGGAAACAGUGGGAGAAGAAAAAUAAGAGCACUGGGGAUGGAGGUGUGCUUCAGCAUCUCUUCUCUUGAUUAGUUUGUGUACUGUGUACAUUUCAUUGCUAGGAAUUUCACUUUUUAAGUGAUUUCACUUGUUAUUUGUACCAAUUUCUUUUAUUGUGCCAUACAAAUUGAUCUUUUGGUGAGCUGACUUGAUUUGGAGUGGGGGAUACCUUCAGUUUUACUGUUAACAGAAAGAUGUUCUUAAAGUCACUAGGCCACAGUUGGAUGUUUACCACUUCUGCAGAAAGUUCAUUGGUAAAUUAUACAAUUGUGGGUACUGCUAUUGCCUCAUUUGUUAACCUCCAUUUUCUUCACUGUACUUGUCAGUGCAUUUGUCUAUAAACCACAUUGUGCUAAAAGCCCCCGCUGCUGUUAGAGAAUGA